AUGGCUACAAUCUUUCAAAAUAUGGGUAUUUUCAGUCGCAGUUGGCUGCUUCAAAAACAAGUUAAAGCAGAAACUAAUUCAUCACCAAUAAUAAUAAAGAGUGCUAUAGAAGCUGUGCCCAUACAGAGUUACUUUUUUCCAGACGAAAUUAUGAAAAUGAUUGUAUUAACUGUGUUAGGAAUUGUGGACCACAUGGAUGAAUGGAGAUGGUUUAAGAAUCCUGGGUAUCAAGGGAACAUGCGUACUAUGGAGACUGUAACUAAUCAACAUUUCAUGAUAAUAGGUGGCCCCAAGAGUACUCUGAGGUCUUAUGAAAAUCUCAAAUCACGAAUGGGUUCAAGGAUCCAAGAUCUUGAAUUCUUAGCUAUAUCAUAUUUUUGGAACAUUGCUUGUGUAUUUUCGUUUUGGAGCCUAGGAGGAGACAUUAUUCGAGUGUAUUUUACAGACAUUCGUUUCAUGGACCAAUUUUCUGUUUAUGCUGGAAAUAAUUUCAAAGAACCUAUUAAAGAACAAGGAAUAGCAUAUGUCAAUUGGAAACUUACCAAGGUUUUUUCUGAUUAUGAAAAGGAUGACAAUCAAACUGAAGAUAAAAUCUCGGUACGUUUUAAGCUGACGAAUUCUUGGAUACUACCGAAGGAAGACAGCCCUGGAAAUAAAAUUGUUUGGAGAAAGUUGGACUACCGACAACACCUCCACUGUUCACUCGUUAGUGAUUUUCUUACUAUUAAUGAUUAA